UAGAGACAAAAUCGACAAAACAGGAAGUUAGUUGUAAACUAAAUCUCAAACACCAAGUUCGAUAACUAUGGGUUACCAUCCGAUUCCAAUCCAUCAUCCAUGUCCCAAAUCACACCAGAAAUAGCUAUUCGAGGGUGAUAGAAGAAGGUAACCCCACUCCUAUGGCUAUUCUAUAUACUUCAAAUCCUAAUCCAAUCCCUAAAAAGAAAAACAAAUUUCAGAAUACAAAAACUCAAACACAACACAUGGACUUUGUGGUGAUGAUGACAGGAAGAAGCAUUCAGGCGCACUUUCUCUCUCUAGUCAUGGAAGAAGUAGAAGACGAUGAACGUGAAAAAUGGGAAGUGGGUGUGUGGGCUCGCGUGAAGAGAGAGAGAGAGAGAUGAGUCUGGUGGGGUGGGGAGUGAUACAUCGUCCUGGCGGACCCACGUGGCAGGAGGGGAUUGGUUAAAGGAGGAGUCCUUUUCUCUUUCCCCGGAGUCCCUCUCUUCACAACAAAACACACACACACACAAAAACCCAUGUCAGAGAGAGUGUGUGUUGGGUGUUGUGUUAAUUCGAAACUUUCAUUCACAUUUCUCUAUUAAUGAGUAUGAGAUGAGCGAUAUAAAGACCACCUCAACCCCCGCCGAAUCCGUAUCAUACGCUCUUUCUCUUUCUAUUUAUUCUCUUCUUCCCCCUUUUCGUCUCGUGCCCUAGCAUACCCAUACGCACCCGCAAACCUCUCUCUCUUGAAUCCAUCGACUUCCUGUUGUUCUCCGAUCAAUUAAAAGACCAAACAGGAUCUACUCAAAUUGGCUUUGACCAUUCGUGAGAGCUGCUGGCAAGUUUAUUAGGAUACUUGUUUUCAGAUUUCCUUUAAAUGAGAGGUUUAGUAGUGAUCUGCUGAUGCCUUGUGUCACCCUCAACACAAAAUGGAAGAUCUGGAUCCUAAAAUGGAAAAUAACGAUUUGCCAACUGAUGACAUCAUCAAUGGAAACUGGGUUUUGAAGCGAAAAAGGAAAAAGACUUCUUCAGGGUCAGUGAAGUCCAAUGGCAACACAACUGAUUCUUUAGCAUCGGAAUCACACACAACUACUUCAUCCAAAGGGAAGUUAAAACCAGACACCUCUUCUGAUCGAACACCUGUCAAGGAAAAAGGAAACGAUGGGUACUAUUAUGAAUGUGUUGUAUGUGAUCUUGGGGGCGACUUGCUCUGUUGUGACAGCUGUCCCAGGACCUAUCAUAUUGAGUGCUUGGAUCCGCCUCUUAAGCAAAUACCGGAAGGGAAGUGGAAAUGCCCAACCUGUUGUCAAAAAGACAACUCACUCGAGACCACAGACAAUCUCAAUCCUACCUUAAAGCGAGCAAAAACAAAGGGUAGUACAAGUAAAAAAUCAAAAAGUAAAAUUAAAUCUGCAAAAACCGAUAAAGUAUCUCAGAUAGAUGAUGAAAAACAUGAGGGGGAUCAGGGUCACCCUCAAAAGAAGGAAGUUGUUCUUGCUGUAGAAAGUGUCACUAAAUCCCUGAAAAGAAAGUGGAAAGUUCCUUCUGAUGAUGUCAAAAAGAAGCCUCGAAAACAUGAAGCUAAAGAACAUUUGGAAUCGAGCAGUUCUCAAGUCAAACAAGUCAAAAGCAAGGCAAUUAAGCAUGCAAAGGCCAAAUCUUUGUCAAAAAACAUAAGAAGUGAAAAUCUUGAUAUCAAAUUUAAAGAUGAGGUUGAACGGGUAUUAGGUUGUCGAAUUCAAGCCAAUGAGACAAAUCCUUCAACUAAUGACAUACCUAAUGGGGGCACUGAAAUAACUGAGAAUAGUGAAGAGAAUGUCACAGAUUCAAUGAAUCAAGUCAUGGAUGAUUCCAAUAAAGAUGCUUCAAAUGAUUUAGCAAAACCAACAGAAGAUGUAGAUGGAAAGAUUUCAAAUGAUUUAGCAAAACCAACAGAAGAUGUGGAUGGAAUGAUUUCAAAUGAUUUAGCAAAACCAACCGAAGAUGUAGAUGGAAAGAUUGAUGUAAACAUUUCAAGUGAUUUAGCAAAACCAACUGAAGAUAUGGAUGGAAAGAUUCCAAAACCAAUUGAAGAUGUAGAGGGAAAGGUUGAUGUAAAGAUUGAAGCUUUUGAAAGCCAUGAGAAAAAAGAAUCUUUACCCUCAAUUUCUUAUGAGUUACUAGUCAAAUGGGCUGGAAAGUCUCAUAUACAUAAUACAUGGGUACCUGAAUCUGAGUUAAAAGCUAUGGCAAAAAGGAAACUUGACAACUACACUGCAAAAUAUGGAAGAACAUUGAUAAACAUUUGUGAAGAAAAAUGGAAAAUACCCCAUCGGGUGAUUGCUCUUCGUUCAUCUAAAGAUCAAUCUCCUGAAGCUUUCAUAAAAUGGACUGGUCUUCCUUACGAUGAAUGCACAUGGGAAAAGACCGAUUCGCCCAUAAUGACAGAAUCCCGUCAUCUUAUCGAUUUAUUCAACCAAUUUGAGCAACAAGUGGCUGAAAAAGAUGGUGGUCCCGCACGCGCACGUGGACCGACCCAUGGUGACGUGGCGAGUCUCAUCGAGCAGCCGAAAGAGCUUGGUGGGACAUUGUUCCCUCAUCAACUCGAAGCAUUAAACUGGUUGCGAAAGUGUUGGUCAAAGGGUAAAAACGUAAUUCUUGCAGAUGAGAUGGGGCUCGGGAAAACGAUAUCAGCGUCUGCUUUUUUGUCAUCUUUAUACUUUGAAUUUAAAGCCCGUUUACCAUCCCUAGUUUUGGUCCCGCUUUCCACAAUGCCCAAUUGGAUGGCUGAAUUCUCGUUGUGGGCCCCGUAUCUUAAUGUUAUCGAGUAUCAUGGGUGUGCCCGGGCAAGAACCCUAAUCCGUGAGUAUGAAUGGCAUGGAAAUGAUCCAAAUGGGAAGAAAAAGAACACAAAUAGUUAUAAAUUCAAUGUUCUUUUAACAACUUAUGAAAUGGUUUUAGCAGAUGCGACUCAUUUACGUGGGAUCCCAUGGGAAGCUCUUGUGGUGGAUGAGGGGCAUAGGUUAAAAAACUCGGAGAGUAAGCUUUUUAGUUUGCUAAAUACGUUUUCUUUUCAACAUCGGGUGCUUCUAACCGGGACCCCUCUUCAAAACAACCUCGGGGAGAUGUAUAAUUUGUUAAAUUUCCUGCAACCGGAUUCAUUCCCGUGUUUAACUUCAUUUGAAGAUAAGUUUAGUGAUCUGACAAUGGCUGAAAAAGUAAACGAAUUGAAGAAACUUGUUGCACCUCAUAUGCUUCGAAGGCUUAAAAAGGACGUGAUGCAAAAUAUUCCCCCGAAAACCGAACAGGUGGUUCCGGUCGAAUUAUCGUCUAUUCAAUCGGAAUAUUAUCGCGCCAUUUUAACCAAAAAUUAUCACGUUUUGAGGAACAUCGGAAACGGGGCUCCGCGGGGCCCACAGCAAUCGAUGUUGAACAUCGUAAUGCAAUUGAGAAAAGUUUGUAACCAUCCGUAUCUGAUUCCGGGGACGGAACCGGAAUUGAAUUCCGGGCCAAUCGAGUUUCUUCACGAAAUGCGGAUCAAAGCUUCUGCAAAGCUAAGUUUGCUUCAUUCCAUGCUCAAGAUUUUGCACAAAGAAGGUCACCGGGUUCUUAUAUUUUCACAAAUGACAAAACUUUUGGAUAUUCUUGAAGAUUACUUGAACAUCGAAUUCGGGCCGAAAACAUUCGAACGGGUCGACGGGUCGGUAUCGAUUUCGGAUCGACAGAUGGCGAUUGCAAGAUUUAAUCAAGAUAAAAGUAGGUUUGUGUUUUUGUUAUCAACCCGUUCUUGUGGGCUGGGAAUCAAUUUGGCAACUGCUGACACAGUUAUAAUCUAUGAUUCUGAUUUCAAUCCACAUGCUGAUAUCCAAGCCAUGAAUCGGGCACAUAGAAUCGGGCAAUCAAAUCGGCUUCUUGUAUAUCGGCUUUUUGUUCGGGCUAGUGUUGAGGAGAGAAUCUUGCAGCUUGCUAAAAAGAAACUGAUGCUUGAUCAUCUUUUUGUGAAUAAGUCGGGGUCUCAAAAGGAGGUUGAAGAUAUUAUAAAAUGGGGAACUGAAGAGCUUUUUGAUGGUGAAAACAGUGGUGUGGAUUUGGAGCAGAAGAAUAAGAAGCGGAGUGGUGGUUUGGGUGAUGUGUACCAGGAUAAGUGCAGGGAUGGGAGUAAUAAGAUUGUGUGGGAUGAAACUGCUAUUUUGAAGCUGCUUGAUCGAUCCAAUGUUGACUCAAGUUUGACUGAUAAUGGGGAAGGAGAUAUGGAGAAUGAUAUGCUUGGCUCGGUGAAGUCUCUGGAUUGGAAUGAUGAACCAACAGAAGAACAAGGAGGAACGGAAUCACCUUCAACAAUUAUUGAUGGUAGCACUGCCCCCCAGAAUUCAGAAAAGAAAGAGGAUAAUAAUAUUACCACUGAUGAAAAUGAAUGGGAUAGGCUUCUAAGAGUCAGAUGGGAGAAGUACCAGAGUGAAGAGGAAGCAGCUCUUGGUCGAGGGAAAAGGGUAAGAAAAGCUGUUUCCUAUAGGGAAGCAUAUCCUCCCCUUCACCCAACAGAUCAGACUGGUGCGGAAGAGGAACCCGAACCAGAGCCAGAGCCAGAGCCAGAGCGUGAGUAUACACCUGCAGGAAAAGCUCUAAAGCUUAAGUAUUGUAAGCUUCGAGCCAGACAAAAACAAAGACUGGCUCAGAUGAAAAUAUUCAGAGAAUCAAUUCCUCCUCCUGCACAAGAAAAGAAUGGUGUGGGACCAGCCACAGCCAUUGAUGCAAAAAAUGAAGAACACCAACAAGACAAGACAUUGGAUCCCACCCAUCCAAAUAUAAAUCCGGGAAAGGAAAAAGAGUUGGUAAAAGAAAAACAAAGUGUUGUGGUUCUGGGGCUAUGUGCUCCAAAUGCCCCCACAAAGCUGAUGGAGUCUUGUUCAAGUAGACCACCGGGGCCCCCCGGCCUUGACUACUUCCCAUUUCACUUAGCACCUUGCUCUCAAAACACACCUCCCUUUACUUCGCACACCUUUGUUCCACCACUAGGGAAAAGAGUGCAGGCUUCAGAAAACUCUGCAGAUGCUUUAUAUCUUCAUCAUGAGAUGAUGAUGGCAGCAGCAGCAGCAUUGCCCAAAUUACCCUUCAAUAUACCCUCCCAAUCCCAAUCCCAAUCCCAUCUCAAAAACCUCUCUUCACAUCCCCAAACGGACUUUCUCGCCAGUUUAUCUUUGGGGAGAUCAAGUGCCUCUUUCCCCACAAUCCCAAUGUUUCCAAAUUUCAGAUUCCAUAAAGACAACCUUCAAGAAACGGACCACCCUCCUCCCCCUCCCCCUCCCACCAUGUUCCCAGAAAACCACCCAAUGUUGCCGGAAAACCACCGCAGGGUUCUCGAGAACAUAAUGAUGCGAACGGGAUCAGGAUCAAGUAAUCCAGUUAAACGGAAACUUGUUAAAGAUUUUUGGUCAGAAGAGGAACUUGAUUUCUUGUGGAUUGGGGUUCGUAGACAUGGGCGAGGUGGCUGGGAGGCCAUGAUUCGGGACCCACGCCUUAAAUUUUCAAGAUUUAGAACGGCAGAAGACCUGGCGGCAAGAUGGGAGGAGGAACAGCUCAAGAUCUUGGAUAUUCCACCGCCAAAAGCUUCAAAAUCUUCUGGUUUUCCUGUGAUCUCUGAUGAAAUGAUGAAACGGGCUUUGCAUAAAAUCCGGUUUGCUCCUCCUCCUCCUCCGCCCGGUUUACAGCCCCACCUCACCCAAAUGAAGCUGGGAUUGCCGGAAAACCACCAUUUCAUGCAAAUUCCAGCGUGGAAUCUUGACAGGUUUCCGCUCAACUUUUUACAGCAACAGAAUCUGAAAAUGCCAAAUCAGAAAGGUGAAAAUGUUGAUGGGGCUGGCGGCAGUGGCAGUGGUAGUGGCUUGCCGGAAAACAAGUUGCCACAUUGGCUUCGUAAUGCAGUUGGUGAUACUGGGACUGGGGGUGGAGGUGUUUCCCAGGCGCCAGAGCCUCAACUGCCGCCAACGGUUUCUGCAAUAGCAGAGUCAGUGAGGUUGAUAUAUGGAGAUGAACCGCCAACCAUUCCUCCAUUUAUUCCGCCCGGUUUGCCGCCUUCCCGCCCUAAAGAUCCCCGCCAGAUGUUCAAGAAGAAGAAGAAGAAGAAGCACCGCCAAUUGCUGCCAGAUGCCACCCAUCAACCCGAGGAACAAGAACAUGCUGCUGCUUCUACUUCAGGUAUCCAACCAGACCUCAAUGUACCAGCACCAUUACAACCACCACCACCACCACCACCACCUGCUGAUCAAGAUCCGCCAUCUUUGCCACCAGAAAGUAAAAGUAGCUUACAGGAGGAGGUGGUUUCAUCAGAAGGGACAGUGUCCGAUCAUCAUGGUAGUGAAGAUGAAUGUUGAAGAGUUUAUUAGGGUUUUUGUAGGCACUUGUUGCGAUUCAGAGUAGCAAAACAAAAUACAAAGGUUUAUUAAUUAUAGCCUAUAAGAGGAGCUUCCAAAUCAUGUAAAGUUGUCGUCUAUUUAGAAGAAAAGAAAAAAAAUCAUGUAAAUGAUAUAGUGUGAACAAGUUGAGACAUAUUAAAACCCUUUUGCAGACUUAAGGAAAAUGACAUACAAAUUUUUUAGGGUUUA